CCAUUCCUUCAUACAGAGUGAAGAUAAUGCUCUGACACUCUGCUUGCUUGGCAUGGAUUCCAAGGCCAUUCUGGAUUAUGCUUUGUUUCAACUCACCCCAACCAGGACCAGAUGUGAGCUGUUAGUCUUUUCUGGAACUCUUCAUCAAAAAAUAGCUUCUGGGUUAUUCGAACCUUUCGUUUCUCACCUCAAGUUUGUCAAAGAUGAGAUCUCUAAAGGUGGAUACUCAAUUAAGCUUCUGCCUCCCACGAACGCUGCGUUCUGGUUCUCCAAGGCCACGUUUGAGAGAUUUGUGCGCUUUGUUAGCACACCUGCUGUUCUGGAGAGGUUUGUUAGCAUUGAAAAAGAAAUCCUGCAGAUUGAAAGUUCAUUUCAAGCUAAUGCAUUAUUAAUGUCCACUGCAACUCCGGAUGAAGAAGGAAUCAUAGCACAAACCAAUGGCAACACAAGGAGGUUAAGUGAUUCUGCAAAGUUAAAUGAUGUACUUGAAGGUGUUGACAAUAAAGAAGUGGAAAACUCAAAGAUCUCCCUGCAACGUCUGUUGGAGUCUCGAAUAGCACUGCUCCGGAAAGAGCAAGCAAUGGCUUAUACACGUGGUCUUGUAGCUGGUUUUGAGAUUGACAAUAUUGAUAAUCUCAUAUAUUUUGCAAAUGCAUUUGGAGCAUUGCGUUUAAGGGAAGCCUGCAUUAAUUUUAAGGAACUAUGGAAGAAAAAGCAUGCAGAUGAUCUUUGGAUCAAAGAAGUAGCAGCAAUGCAGUCAUGCUUACCACCGGCACUCUCAUUUUCUGGAACAUCAGGAAUUAUACUAGCAAAUGAUAUAACAACCGAUGACCAGAAUAACAAGAAUAAUAGCUCUAAGGACAGUAUUCCUUCUGGUGACGAAAAUUUAUUUCAGCCAACAUCAAAUUCUGAUACUUCAAACAAAAAAGAAGAUGUGAACUUGCAUACACCAGAUCAGAGAAAUGUUCAUAUGCCAAUGCCCUGGCCUUACAAUGUACCUCCAUAUAUGUAUAAUCUUCAAAAUCCUAUUCAACAAAUGCCUUCAUACCAAGGAUAUCCUAUGACUAAUAUGCAGUCUGUUCCUCCUUACCUUGUAAGAAACAUGCAAUGGUCUUCUAACCAGGGAAUGAAUCAGAAACCAUCUGCAACCAAAAAGGAGAAAUCUCUUUAUAAGAAAGGACAAGAAGAAUAUGAAGACCAGCAGACAGAGUCAAGUGACCCUGAUUCCGGGAGUGAGUCUAAUUCAGAUAAACAGAAGGACACAAAUCAUUCUUUGAAGGAUGAUCUGAAGAGGAAAAAGCACAGAAGAAAGUCAUCUGGAACAGUUGUGAUUCGUAAUAUCAACUACAUCACUCCAAAAAGGAGAAAUGGAAAUGAGGGUGGAGUCUCUGAUGAAUCUUCAUUAGAAGAUGAUGAUGUCAUAAAUGAAGAAGCCAUCAAGCAGAAGGUUGGUGUUGCACUUGAAUCAUUGCAAAAGGUCCGGAAAGUUGAGAAACGUUCUAAUGGAAAAAAAGCAGUUGCCCGGCGCAGGGUAACUAAAUCAAGCGAUGCUACUGAACAGGAUCUCACUGAAAACUCGAGUGAUGCAUCCGAAGGAGGGAACAAAAACGAGAACUGGGAUGCAUUCCAGAACCUUUUGAAGAUAGAUGAGGAGACCGGAAAUGAUAGAUCAGAAAAGAUGCAGCCAAUUGAUGUCCAGGAUGAACAUUUUGUGGUGAGAAACUCUGAAGAAAGAAUGCCAUAUGCUGCUGGUUCAUCUCCAAACUUGGAUUUCAAAGAAGUUAUGAAGAAUCAUAAAGUUCCAAAUGACUCCUUUAUUGUGACUCAUAGAGAUGGAGGAAAUGAAAGAGGAUCCAAGAUGGAUGAGUAUGUAGACAGCCGUGUUCCAGUUACAAAGUGCAGGGACCAUAUGAGUGAAGAAGUACUGUUAUCACAUAGAUCGAAAGAACCAGGAAAUGAACUUGGUGAUCCACUAUCUACAUUUGUAGCUGAUUCAUUAGAAACCAAGGGAAGAACAGCAGAAGAUUGGUUUAUUGUUGAUAAUUUGGAAAAGAUGAGGAGCCCUGAACCCCCGGUUGUGCCUACAGUGUUUGAUGGUGAUUACACUUUAUCAUCAAUGAAUGAUUUCUCCCAUGCUGAAAAAAGAGGUGUAGGAACUCUGAUUGAUGAUUCCUUCAUGAUACAGGGUCAAUUGGUUGAUAAUAAUCUUUCUGACUCACAAUGGAAGACUGACAUAAGUAUGGUUGAAGAUCUAACUUGUGCCAACAAGUUGGAAAGUGACACGGCUGCUUCAAAUGAGAAGCAUGCAUUAUCAAAGAAUCAGGAGCCAAAUGACCUCUGUGUAGUUCUACAACGGGAUUCGGGACUAAAUUCUGUUGAGGCCUCAUGGAAUAUGGACUAUGAAAUUGACUUUUCUUUCUCAGAAACUGAUAGAAGAUCCUCUCUUGAUGAUUCACAUGAUAAAGUGAAUAACAACCAUCCCGGUAGUCCUAAGAAAACCAACAUGAACAAAAGCAAAGUUUCAGGAACAAGAAAUUCUGAAAAAGAAGAAAAGUCAAAAGCUUUGCGUGGAUCCCCUGCAAAGGGAAAGUCUGAAAUAAUGUCUAGAAACAAAAAACCAUCACUCUCAAGUAGGCCAAUAGUUCAGAAGAGCAAACGGGAAAAGGAAGAUGAAAUUAGGAAGAAGAUGGAAGAACAGCUAAUUGAACGCCAGAGAAGAAUUGCUGAAAGAACUGCAUCCUUUGGCCUUGCUAGAGCAGUGCCAAAGAAAGACCAAAAUGAAGGUAAAAGUGACAAUAAUAAGACUCAAUCCGUAAAAGAGACAAACAGAAUCAGUUCUGUCAAGGUCAGGGGAAUUUAGCAAAACUUGUCAGCAUUAUGUUCAUUCAGUUCAAUGUGCAUGCAGGAAGCUCCUAUAAGUGUAUUUAAAUAACCCUUGAUUAAAUUGAAAUGAAUAAUUUCAUUUCCUAUAAACUUGGCCAUUGGAUUUAUUCAGACUCCUAGUCACUCAAAGUAUAGAUUUAUUUUUGAUUCACGGUUGAAUAUCUAUGGGUUCUUCACGGUUGAAAAUUGUAGUUUAAAAGUUGUCAAUAGAUUUUAUUGGAUAAAUAAAGGUUCAAGUUGAAUAGG